CUUCUUCUUUCACUGCUUCUUCUUCUUCUUGAGGUCGGCGGGGCGCACCAGAGAGAGAGAGAGAGGGAGGGAGGGAGAGGAGAUGAGCGGGCACGACUCCAAGUACUUCUCCACCACGAAGAAGGGCGAAAUCCCCGAGCUCAAGGAGGAGCUCAAUUCCCAGUACAAGGAUAAGAGAAAAGAUGCUGUGAAGAAAGUAAUUGCUGCAAUGACAGUGGGAAAGGACGUUUCUUCACUAUUCACUGAUGUUGUAAAUUGCAUGCAAACAGAAAACUUGGAGUUGAAAAAGCUCGUGUAUCUGUAUCUGAUCAAUUAUGCGAAAAGUCAGCCUGACUUGGCAAUACUUGCAGUAAAUACAUUCGUGAAGGAUUCACAGGAUCCGAAUCCGUUGAUUCGUGCUUUGGCUGUACGGACUAUGGGAUGCAUUCGUGUUGAUAAAAUUACAGAGUACCUCUGUGAUCCCCUUCAGCGAUGUCUUAAGGAUGAUGAUCCAUAUGUUCGUAAAACAGCAGCAAUAUGUGUUGCCAAACUCUAUGACAUCAACGCUGAAUUAGUGGAAGACCGUGGUUUUCUAGAAUCUCUAAAGGAUUUGAUCUCUGACAACAAUCCAAUGGUUGUGGCAAAUGCCGUUGCUGCUUUGGCUGAGAUUCAAGAGAAUAGUAGUAGACCCAUUUUUGAGAUCACUAGUCACACACUCUCGAAGCUUCUUACGGCUCUAAAUGAAUGCACCGAAUGGGGUCAAGUUUUCAUAUUAGAUGCCCUCUCCAAGUACAAAGCUGCUGAUGCUCGGGAUGCUGAGAAUAUAGUGGAGAGAGUCACUCCAAGACUACAGCAUGCAAAUUGUGCUGUUGUACUUUCAGCUGUUAAGAUGAUCCUCCAACAAAUGGAACUGAUUACGAGUACGGACGUGGUUCGGAAUCUGUGCAAAAAGAUGGCUCCUCCUCUUGUUACGUUACUCUCUGCAGAACCAGAGAUACAGUAUGUUGCAUUAAGAAAUAUCAACCUUAUUGUCCAAAGGCGGCCUACUAUUCUUGCCCAUGAAAUUAAGGUGUUUUUCUGCAAGUACAAUGACCCAAUUUAUGUGAAGAUGGAGAAGUUAGAAAUCAUGAUAAAGCUUGCUUCGGACAGAAAUAUUGACCAGGUUCUGCUGGAGUUCAAGGAGUAUGCUACCGAAGUAGAUGUGGAUUUUGUUAGAAAGGCAGUCCGUGCUAUUGGUCGCUGUGCGAUCAAGUUGGAGAGAGCAGCAGAGCGAUGCAUCAGUGUUUUGCUGGAGCUGAUUAAGAUUAAAGUCAAUUAUGUGGUUCAAGAAGCUAUUAUAGUUAUUAAAGACAUAUUCAGAAGAUAUCCUAACACCUAUGAGUCCAUUAUUGCUACCCUAUGUGAGAGCUUAGACACUCUCGAUGAGCCAGAGGCCAAGGCAUCAAUGAUUUGGAUUAUUGGUGAAUAUGCAGAAAGAAUUGACAAUGCUGAUGAGCUGCUAGAGAGCUUUUUAGAGAGUUUCCCUGAAGAGCCUCCACAAGUCCAGUUGCAAUUAUUGACAGCAACUGUCAAAUUAUUUUUGAAGAAGCCAACUGAAGGCCCGCAGCAAAUGAUCCAGGUUGUUCUGAAUAAUGCCACUAUAGAGACAGAUAAUCCCGAUCUACGUGACCGUGCAUACAUUUACUGGCGACUUUUAUCAACUGACCCUGAGGCAGCUAAAGAUGUCGUGUUAGCUGAGAAACCAGUGAUCACUGAUGAUUCCAACCAACUCGAUUCUUCUCUUCUUGAUGAACUUCUCGCAAACAUUGCAACAUUGUCCUCUGUGUAUCACAAGCCUCCAGAUGCUUUUGUGACCCGUGUCAAGACAACGGUCCAGAAAACGGAGGAUGAUGACUAUCCUGAUGGAAGUGAAUCAGCUGAAUCAUCUGCGCAUGUAGGUGAUGGGGUUAUGUCACCACAAGCCAGUUCAAGCAGUGUUCCAGCUGCUACAAGGGAAGCUGAUCCUGCACCAGCCCCAGCUCCAGUACCGGAUUUACUUGGUGACUUGAUAGGCCUGGAUAACAAUGCCAUUGUCCCGGCUGACCAGCCUUCUGAACCUGCAGGGCCUCCUCUCCCAGUAUUGUUGCCAGCUUCAACUGGUCAAGGUCUGCAAAUUAGUGCCCAGCUGAUACGGCGAGAUGGUCAAAUAUUUUAUAGUUUGUUUUUUGAGAACAACUCACCAGUUGCUCUGGAUGGAUUCAUGAUUCAGUUCAACAAGAACUCAUUUGGUCUUGCAGCUGCUGGACCCUUGCAGGUUCCACAAUUGCAACCGGGAACAUCGGCAGGGACUCUCCUGCCUAUGGUUUUAUUUCAGAACUUGUCCACUGGUCCUCCAAACUCGCUUUUGCAGGUGGCUGUGAAAAAUAACCAACAGCCAGUGUGGUACUUUAAUGAUAAAAUUUCAUUGCUAGCAUUCUUUACUGAGGAUGGGAAAAUGGAGCGUGCAAGUUUCCUUGAGACAUGGAGGUCCCUUCCCGAUUCUAACGAGGUCUCAAAGGAUUUACCUGGCGCUGUGGUGAGCAAUGUAGAAACGACUCUCGACCGGAUGGCUGCCUCGAACUUAUUCUUCAUCGCGAAACGCAAGCAUGCGAACCAGGACGUGUUCUACUUCUCCGCUAAGAUCCCACGGGGCGUCCCGUUCUUGAUUGAGCUCACUCUGGUCGUUGGAGUACCAGGGGUCAAGUGUGCGAUAAAAACGCCAGGUCCUGAGAUGGCACCUCUCUUCUUCGAAGCUCUGGAGACAAUCCUGAAGAGUUGAUUCACCACCCCCAGAAGUUUUUCUUUCUACAUUAUUGGUUUCUGCCUCUUUUGAUCAGUGUUGUAAAUUCGUAAUGGCUUACGAGAUUUUGGUAAUUUGUGUGGUUCAUUUUUUCGAAAGUCUGGCCAGACACUUGAUUUUAAUUGUACCAUUGAGAUCGUUUAGCUAAAAUUAUUUUACUGGAGAUUCCACUUC